CUCUGCUGCACUGGUCUCCAUCUCCCAGCAGAAGGCGCAGCCAUGAAUCCGUUAUUCGGUCCCAAUCUCUUCCUCCUACAGCAGGAGCAGCAGGGCUUGGCCGGGCCGCUGGGCGACCCUCUGGGAGGUGGUGACCACUUUGCCGGGGGAGGGGACCUCCCCCCGGCUCCGCUUGCCUCGGCGGGCCCCGCUGCCUACUCGCCUCCCGGGCCUGGUCCGGCGCCCCCUGCAGCCAUGGCUCUCCGCAACGACCUGGGCUCCAACAUCAACGUGCUCAAGACCCUGAACCUCCGGUUUCGCUGCUUUCUAGCCAAGGUACACGAGCUAGAGCGCCGGAACCGGCUGCUAGAGAAGCAGCUGCAGCAGGCUCUGGAGGAGGGUAAGCAGGGCAGGCGGAGCCUGGCCCGCCGCGACCAGGCGGUACAGACCGGCUUCAUCAGCCCGAUACGGCCCCUGGGGCUGCCCCUGAGCUCCCGGCCAGCCGCUGUGUGUCCCCCAUCAGCGCGGGUACUGGGCUCCCCCGCCCGCUCGCCAGCCGGACCCCUCGCUUCCUCUGCGGCCUGUCAGUCAUCAUCCUCCACCUCCACCUCCACCGCCUUCUCCUCGUCGACCCGUUUCAUGCCCGGCACUAUCUGGUCCUUCUCACACGCCCGCCGGCUUGGACCGGGACUGGAACCCACGCUGGUGCAAGGGCCUGGCCUGUCGUGGGUACACCCUGACGGGGUGGGCGUCCAGAUCGACACCAUCACCCCCGAGAUCCGCGCACUGUACAAUGUGCUCGCCAAAGUGAAGCGGGAGCGGGACGAGUACAAGCGGAGGUGGGAAGAGGAGUACACAGUGCGGAUUCAGCUGCAAGAGCGAGUGAAUGAGCUCCAGGAGGAGGCCCAGGAGGCCGAUGCCUGCCAAGAGGAGCUAGCCAUGAAGGUCGAGCAGCUGAAAGCGGAGCUGGUGGUCUUCAAGGGCCUCAUGAGUAACAAUCUAACAGAGCUGGACACCAAGAUCCAGGAAAAGGCCAUGAAGGUCGACAUGGACAUCUGCCGCCGCAUCGACAUCACGGCCAAGCUGUGUGACUUGGCUCAGCAGCGCAACUGUGAGGACAUGAUCCAGAUGUUCCAGGUCCCGUCCAUGGGGGGGCGGAAGCGGGAGCGCAAGGCUGCUGUGGAGGAGGACACCUCCCUGUCGGAGAGUGAUGGGCCCCGCCAGCCUGAGGGGGACGAGGAGGAGAGCACAGCCCUCAGCAUCAACGAGGAGAUGCAGCGCAUGCUCAGCCAGCUGAGGGAGUAUGAUUUUGAGGACGACUGUGACAGCCUGACUUGGGAGGAGACUGAGGAGACCUUGCUGCUUUGGGAGGAUUUCUCAGGCUAUGCCAUGGCAGCCACAGAGGCCCAGGGAGAGCAACAGCAGGAGGACAGUCUGGAGAAGGUGAUCAAAGACACCGAAUCCCUGUUCAAAACUCGGGAGAAGGAGUACCAGGAGACCAUUGACCAGAUAGAGCUGGAACUGGCCACGGCCAAGAAUGACAUGAACCGACACCUGCAUGAGUAUAUGGAGAUGUGCAGCAUGAAGCGGGGUCUGGAUGUGCAGAUGGAGACCUGCCGCCGGCUCAUCACACAGUCUGGGGACCGAAAGUCUCCUGCUUUCACUGCGGUCCCGCUUAGCGACCCACCGCCACCGCCAAGCGAAACUGAGGACUCCGAUUGCCAUGUCUCAUCUGAUAGCUCCAUGAGAUAGGGACCAGUGCCUGGCUCCCUAGAGCUCACUGAGGCAGGGGUGGGGUCUGCAGAAGGCUCUGUCUUGUGUGCCACUGCAUGAAACCUGGCCCUGGGGAGUCCCCCCGGGGUGUCUGGAACUAGGCUUGGCCCCACCCUUCCUGGACAACUCCCAUCACAUCGGGCACUCCGCCUUCUUCACUCGUGGCUCUUUGCUACUUCUCAUCUUUGAAAUGCUGCCAGAACCCUUGUGAGCCUCCCUUCUCCGUUUGUAAGGAUGUGACUGUGGGACCUGCCUGCUCUCCUUGGCUAUCUUGGACUUUUGUACUGGUGCUAACUGGCCCAGUCCCUGCUGUGCAUCAGACUGGUCUGGGAGUCCCCGAGGCUUCCAGCAUCAUGUACACCCGGGAAAAGUUUUGCUUCCUCAUAAGGCUUCAGGGGGAGGGGGCACCUGGCCUUCUGUCCCGUGUCCAGGAGCUCACAGCUGCCCACCUGCCUACCAUACAGGAAAUGCAGCUGUAUAGCUUUUCCUCUGGGAAGUACACACAGAGAACUCAGUGCCUGGGCUGAGAGAGGCGUCCUGAAGGCAGACGGUGCUGGGAAAAGGUGAAGCUCCGUCCUGCACAUGGGUGGCCGUGUGCUCAGGGCCUGUUUCUCUAAGGAUCAGCUGAGGGAGUGCCUCUGUGACUAUCAAAACCGACAGGUUAAGAUGUUUCUGACCUUGGAAAGUAGGGGACCAAGUCAGGAUGUCUCAGUAGAGGCCAUGCUAAGCUGACAUUAAGUGGAAUCUUCAAAAUGAAGGAGUAUUUAUUGAGCA